GAUGAGAUCUUACCAGGUAACCAGGACACCUACGGAGCCGUGAGCAUCAUGAAGUCCCUUCUCUUCACUUUACCACUGCUGGUGCUCCUCCUGACGCCAGCUGUGGACAUGGCGAUGGUGUCAUCCACAGCUUCUUGCCCCGACAACUUCACACCACUGGAUGGCCGUUGUAUCUUCAUAGCCACCGACGUCUAUCUAGACCCCAGGAUAGAAAAUGCCAAAAACUGGACCAGGGCGCGUGACCUUUGUACUUCGAUGUUCGGUGAGGGUGACCUCUGGGAAACUGACCUGGCAAUCGUUGACGUCCCUUUCCUGGAGACUUUCUGUUCUCACAUGGCUGAAAACCUACCAGGAAUGAAAGGGUUAACAUUCUGGAUCGGUUCUCAGAAGGUCGAAGGUCAAUGGACGUGGAUUGACGGGUCACCCAUCAGCAACAUGUCUUACGUGUGGCACAACUCUCACCCAUCUUCCACGUUACCCGAUGGGCUCACUGGCUUGCUCGUGCCCUCUGGGGCAUUUAAUCGCUUGUACAUGUUUGAGUCGGAGCCGUCCUGGAAGGAGCCGUCUUACCUCUGCGAGGCCAAGAGGAAGUAAACGAGAGGCCGUGGCGGUUCCUGUAGAUUCCUUAAUUGAAGGGUUUAGGAAUUUUUAAGUAGUUGAUUUUACUAAGCUAGAAGUCUCUUUAAAAACUAAUC